AUGGCGCCCGCUAUCCAAGAGCCCACUAAAGAUGUCCGUAUCGACAAGACAUUCCUCGAGGAACAACGGAGCAAAUAUCCGGCGGUACUCCAGAAACUCCGCAACGCCAUUCCGGCCGACUACUACCCUAGAGUAGAGGCAUCACAACAAGACAUCUACUACGGCAACCCGUUCUACCCCGGUAAAGUCCUCCUUGGUACCAACGACGGCGUUCGCGUCUGGGCCUAUCUGCGCAAAAUACAGAAUAACGGAGCGGCGUUGGAAAUACACUACGACGACAACCGCGGCGGCGACGAGACAGAUCAUACACCGUUUGCGCAGUCUCAGUUCGUACCAUGGUGUCGCCUUGUCGCCAAUGAGGCCUGUCCUGUCGGUACACUAGCUUGGGAAAACCGGUUGAGGAUAGUCGCCAAGAUCGUUAUGUUGGAGGCAGGCUACUCGGAUGCUACGGUAGCUUCGAAGAACACUGCAGGUGACCUGUUUGCAUCAAUACGGAGGAACGUCGAGAAGGGCCUGGACAACUUACCGCAAGUACCUAGGCCAAGUAUACAACCGUCGGCGGGUGGAAUCGCAGCCCCUACUGGACCGUCCCACACUGUCGACCUCACUGAGGAAGCCAAGAAGACUAUCACAGCUGAUACCUCGAAGCCUAAAUCGCAUGGGACAGCGACAAACUGCAUCAAGGUACUGAAAGACGUCAUCCCUACCGAACAUUGGUUUCAGACACGCCCCAUCGCAACCAACAUAGCACGAAAGAUUACCCUGCUAGAUCCCGACAACAAGGAAUACUUCGGCUUGUUCCCUGGCAAAGUCCUCCUAGGCCAUCUCCGCGACUUCGACCAUACACCGGUAUGGGCAGCAUUCCGCCGUAUCAACCGCACUUCCAAGAAGCAAACACUGUCGGGACAGUGGCGCAUGUGUUUCUUCGAUGAUAAGCUAUUUGAGGUUGCGCUGCCUGCGACCCUAAACGGUACCGUGAGCUUCGCGCCUGCAUUCCAGCUACUCACUGAGAGCAAAGACACCGUCGGUACACGCAAAGUCUGGCUUGCUAGAGUCAGCAUGUGCGCACGUCUCGCGCUCAUCGACGCUGGACUCCAGGACGACGAGGGCUUUGCAACUCGGGCAGACGCACGGCCCAAGGAGCUGGCAGCAGUGAUCAAGAAGGCGUGGGUACGACUACGACGUACACUCCAGGGAGAUGAACAAUUAGAAGCUUUGCCGCCGCAAUACCGCAAGACGUGGAAGAACUAUGCACCGGGCGUUCCUGCUAUAGACGCUACCGUGCGCCAUCCAGUACAAGCGCCUACAGACGCCCAACCCAGGGAUGACGAACAGCAAGCAGACUCGCCCACAGAAGACCUCAUCCAAGACCUAAUCGAGAUAUCAGAAGACGAAGACGACAUCAUGGAAUCUGGCUACCAGCUCCGCGCAUCUAGUCCAUGGCCCACUUUCCCGAAGCGCGAAUUGUUCACCCCAGCGCCCACCUCUUUCACCAUGAACAAGAAACAAAAGAUCGCUCCGUCCGACCGUACCUCUCUGCUCGACUUCAUCAACCUGACUACUGCCAUCGACACCCCGGAUACUGCUGCGCUCGAAGAACAGGUCCGCGCAUUGACUGAAGCCAAGACAUCUCUCAAAAACACUGUCAACGAUAUGAAAGCACAGCUGGACGAGUACAAGACGAAGAAUCGAGAGUUGCAGGUGUUCAAGGCUAAGCAUGUUGAGCACUGCCAAGCUGUGAUGCUCAAGUUGCUGACGCAGAGGAAUGUGCGGAAUGGAAGUAGUGAGGUGGAUGCGGAGAGGGAUGCGAAGACGGAGUAUACUCAGGUCUACGGUAUUGCGAUUGUGGAGGAUAUUGGAGGGGACUGA